AUGUCUGCCAUCACCAUACCGAGCCCUGUGCCGUCGCCCGCCGAGGACGCCGAGAGCAUCAGGACGGCGCUCCAAGGAUGGCGGGCGGACAAGGAGGCCCUGGUCCGGAUCCUGGCUCAACGGACGGCGGCGCAGCGGUCGGGGAUACGCCGCGCCUACGCCUUCCUCUUCCGGGAGCCCAUGCUCAACUCCUUCCGCCAGAGGCUCUCCCGCCAGUACUGCCCCGUCUCCCUCGACUUCUGGAAGGCGAUCAUCUUGUGGACGAUGGACCCGGCGGAGCGGGACGCGAACCUGGUGCACGGCGCGCUGAAGCGGAGGGAGGGCGACUUCGUCUCCGUGCUGGUCGAGGUCGCCUGCGCCUCCACCCCCGACCACCUCGUCGCCGUCAGGCGCGCCUACUGCUCCCUCUUCGGCUGCUCCGUCGAGGAGGACCUCGCGUCCUCCUCCGCGUUCGAGCAGCCUAUGAAGAAGAUGCUGGUGAGCCUGGUGAGCUCCUACCGCUACGGCGGGGUGCGCGUCAACGAGGAGGUGGCGAAGCUGGAGGCGACUCAGCUGUCGGAGGCCGUGAGGAAGAAGGAGCCGCACCGCGACGAGGUGAUACGGAUCGUGAGCACCCGGAGCAAGGCCCAGCUCGGCGCGACGCUCCAGCGGUACAGAGACGAUCACCACGGGACAGACUUCGUCGAGGACAUCGACAGCCACUGCAGCAGCCAGUUCGCCAAGGCGCUGAAGAUAGCCGUCUGGUGCCUGACGUCGCCUGAGAAGCACUUUGCGGAGGUGAUCAGGCAGUCGAUAGAGGGGCUGGGCACGUACGAGGACAUGCUGACCAGGGCGAUCGUGUCGCGGGCGGAGAUCGACAUGAGGCAGAUCAAGGCGGAGUACACGGUGAGGUUCAAGACCACCGUCACGCGCGACGUCGUCGACGACACCUCCUUCGGCUACAGGGACUUGCUGCUGGCGCUGGUCGGCAGCGAGGAAGAGGGUGCAGAAAACAUGCGACGAUGCAUUCCAUGCUGA